GACUGGAUAUGAGGGAGAUCUCGGGAGGGGAUGAUGUUCAUCUUUUUUUUUUCUUAAAAAAUGUGAUUUUUGUGAGUUUUUUUACCAGCCUCUCUUUGACAAAACAAGAGAAGAAAAUUGGGUUGGGGGGAGAGGGGCUAGCGCGGAGAGUGUAAAAGAAACCUACGGAGUAGUAUUAUUUUGGCGCCACUCUCCCGAAAAUUGCGGCGGCUGUGUGGCAGCGAAAGUGAAAGGCUGGGACUUGGGAGUUUUCUACAGGGAAACAAUGGCGGAAGAAGUAGAAACACCGCCGCAGCAGCAGCAGCUCAACACGGGAACUGAUUCUCAGCCGGACGAAGCCUCCUCCCAAUCUUGGCCGCUCAUCAACUAUGCUCUUCCGCCGUAUCGCAGUUAUCAUUUUUACAACCAAUUCCGAACCCCUUUGAACCCUAACAACUUUUUAAAGGGCGUCAGAUGGUCACCUGACGGUUCUUGCUUCCUUGCUUGCUCCCAUGACAACACUCUUAGUAUAUUCUCAUUACCCUAUGACGAAAGUGGAUACCUUGUGGCUGAUAGUUCAGCAGCUAAAGAUACUGAUUCCUAUUCAGCAAGUGUAGAAAUUAGUGAGGGAGAGUCUGUUUAUGACUACUGCUGGUAUCCUUGCAUGUCGUCUUCAAGUCCAGAUACAUGUGUCUUUGCUACUUCCACUCGUGACCACCCAAUUCAUCUUUGGGAUGCUUAUUAUGGACAGCUACGUUGUACAUAUCGUGCUUAUAAUGCGGUGGAUGAAAUCACGGCUGCCUUCUCGAUUGCUUUCAACCCUUCAGGGACCAAGAUAUUUGCAGGUUACAACAAAUCUCUUAAAGUGUUUGAUAUUCAUCGACCCGGAAGAGAUUAUGGACACCAUUCAACUAUUGAUGGUAAAAAAGAAGGGCAAUCAGGAAUUAUAUCCUCAAUUGCUUUCUCUCCUAGCCAUAAUGGAUUGCUGGCUACCGGUUCAUAUAGCCAAACCACUGCAAUGUAUAGAGAAGAUAACAUGGAAUUGCUUUAUGUAUUGCAUGGCCAAGAAGGUGGUGUCACUCAAGUGCAAUUUUCAACAGAUGGAAACUACUUGUAUACUGGAGGGCGUAAGGAUCCUUAUAUUCUCUGCUGGGACAUUCGGAACACUGUUGACAUUGUUUACAAGUAAGUUUAAUUGGAUACUCGGUGUCCUUAAAUUGAUAUAAUUCCUUCCAUUCCAAAAAAGAGUCAUCUUUGAACUGAUAUAUGUUUUUAGUUUCCACUGUUUGGUUUGGAUGGUUUUAUGGUCACUGUGUCAUUGAUACAUAAAACUUGUUGCUCCAU